GGCCGGCGCUAGAUCUCAUUUUUCCCUGCUAGGAAUAUUAACUGGCAGAGAAAAAAGUUUAUCUACAGUGUAGCCAAAGCGUAAAGCGGGUGGAAUCCAUUCCGAAAGAAAACAGGCAGACGUCUCGCUGCUCUAUACCUAUCGCUACUUGUGUGCGUGUGCGGGCGCGCGAAGAGCUUUACCACACGGUUUCCCGGAAUCCCUGUCUCCACCCUCGACUGACAUCCUUUCAGCCUCCUGGGCACGGUUCCUUUAAGAGGCGCGGUUUCCGAGGAACGAGCCUGGGAUAUUUAUGCUGGAAUCCGACACGGCCCCCAUGUUUCCCUUGUCUGGUGCACCUGGGGAACCUUUGCAGGAAGUGCCAUCACUCUGGAGAAUGGUAGAGGAACAGCUGGUACCCAGUGAGAGGCUCGAAGUAAAAGCCAUCUUGGGUCAUGACCUUGUGGAACAGAGCUUGGAGCUUCAUGCUGAGGUACAGACGCUCUUGGAAUUCCACCAGGAGUUGCAGUUAGGACACCUUAGACUAGAACAGAGUCCACUACAAGCAGCUGACAGCUGGGCCUUGCUGGCUGCUCCUCCCCACCUCAAGGAGUUGGUGAGGGAGGAAAUCCGUCUUCUUCUGAUUGGCCUACAGCAGAAGGCAUCUCAGGAGGGCAGGGACCAAGAUUGUGCCAUCGGUAAAUACAGCCCUCACGUGGUCACCUUUGCAUUGAAGACAAAUGCUGGCAAUGGUCGGCCUUCUUCUGGGAGCAGUGCCGUCAUCAGGCCAUUGUCCUCCAAAACCACUAAUGAACUGGGAUUCUUCUGUAAUAAACUGAAUAUUGCCCAUAUUGGCAAGGUAGCCUCUCAACUGCAGACCCUGCUAGAGGAUGAGUGCCAUGCUCUGGAAAGACACAUCCCUUAUUUACAGUGCCAGCUGGAGGAGGCAUAUCAGCGAACUACGGAGCUGCUAGAGGCAACACAUGAGCCCACCAUGGCUGAACUACAAGAAGAGAAGCGUGCCAUGGAACGAGAUUUGCACCUAAACCAGGCCAAGCCAGACCCUAGCCCUUCCUUGAUGUCAAAGUAUCUUGGGAGUAGCAGCUACCAUUCGCAGCUCAGUGGUUCAAGAAGCUCAGCAAAAGGACCAAACUUUGGGGAGAUCAGUCCUGCUUCCAGUGUGGUUUCUUCACCAAAUCCCAGAGACCAGACUUCUCCUUUAUCCCAUCAGACCCUAGCCUGGUGGGGCCACUCAGUAAGAGGCCCUUUGGGAUGGCUACAGAGAGAUGGUGACGAAUCUAACCAAGCAAGGAAGGACAAUGCUGCUCUGUUGCCCAGGCCUGUGAUCCUGACAUCUCCCAAGACAGGCACGAUUGCUUCAGCCUAUGGGAUGGUAGUAGGGCUGGACCCUGCCUUCCACCCCAUGCCUCCAACAGAGCCAUGUCCAGUGCCCCGCUUCUGCCCUCGCUCUAGGCUGUUGCGAUGCCAAGGGCCCAGCUAGGGAAAGGAGAGCUGCUUCCUUCCCUUACAGACCUCAUUUUUUGCUGCAGUGUCUUAAGGGGACCCUGCCCUGUAGCAUCCUGUGCCUAAGCUGGUCUGAGUUGCCGCUGUUGCCUUUGCUCAUCCUUGUGAACAGGGUCAUGGGAUUCCAGGGAAAGUGAAAAGGCAGGAACGGCUCCACAUUAAUACAGACAAUCCUCCUGCAAGUGGAACAAUGCAAAUGAGAUUCUUCUUCUCAUCUGAAAAAAGGUUCAAUGGGCUUCGCGGAAGCAUUGUGGGGAGAUAAUGACCCCUACCCCCCCUUUCCCAUUCACACAAAAAAGGACUGUACCAUCCUAGGUUCAGGAAUAUAAAUUUCAUUAAAAUCUAUCAGACUUUAAAAAUCUACAACUAGGAGAGUCACAGUAUGGGAGACGCGUCACAAUUAUUGCUAUGAACAAUGAGAGGCAGCAAUGCUAGUUGCCAUACUCACAAGGGAGAGGAGGACAGACAUGGGAACCAUGCAUUAAAUAGUGCAUCUUCGGCGCAGAGGAGAGAAGGAUAGGGGAGCUGGAGGCUUAGAGCAAAAGUACCAUUGGGGCAUGGAGCCAUCUGUCCCCCUCCCCCUCUUAUCUGCUCAUGAUGCAGACAUUUGGCACUUAAACACUGGCCAUUGGGCCCAUGCCACUGGCUGGAGCAGGUACCAUGUGGGUAGGAACCAGAUGUGCCCUUGCUGUUGGCACCAUGGCUAUACUGCAGCAAUCGUGCAUAGUUGGGAGCUGAGGGGUGCCCCCUACAUGCACUGUUUGGCAUUGGUAAGAGAUAUGGCAUCAGGGUACAGGACAGGAUAGUGGCUGCCAGGGUCUCCUGUCUCCUCUACCCAGGCAUUUCUAGGGGUAAAGUGCAGGCAGCAACACUGAAAUGGAAACACAGGAUGAUGAGGCCGGAAGAUGGAACCAUUAAUACCUUCUAUCCAUAUGAGCCGGCAUAGGCCCUGCUUUACAUUAGGGAGAGAUGCCUUGCAGCUAGAUAUGGGGGUUGGUGCCUCUGGCCAACUUCUCCAUGGCUCCAGAAUAAAGCCAACAUUUUCCAUCCCCCUACUACUGGAGAACUGGGCAACAUGGAACCCAGGCCUGGCUGAGAUAACCUUUAGGAAAGGUUGUGCUUUUUGUUUUUGGUGUGUCCCUCCCCCAAAUGGUAUGGAUAGGAUCUGGCACAUCGCCUGCCUUUAGCACCAUGGUUGGCUCUGCCCCUUUCCCUAGAGAAUAGGGCAGGGCUAGGUCCCAGUGGUCUCUUGCUUAUGUGGAGACCAAUUUGAAUUAAUUUGCUCUUCUUAGGGGAAGAGCGUAGAAAAAUGCUUCAGAGCCACCACCCACCCACCCCUACAGAGAUCCAGAAGAUGCUGUCUAGACCAACAGUGCAUAUCUGGACAAAAUUUGAACAGUGGGUUGCAUGCACUGCCCAGAGCUUGUGGCACUGCACUAGAUUUCUAUCACAACCAUAUAGUGUAUCCAAGCUGUCAGCUGUGCAAAUUUAUUUAUGGGAGAUGCUGUGUGUUUAUGCUUCUCUGUAUGCAUGCAUGUGUGAUUCUGGAUGGUGUGCAAAUAAGGCUUGAUUUUGAGAUCAAGUAGGAGAAAUAUGUCUGCUUGUGUUCAUAGAUCAGUGAUACUUCUAUUACCUCCCUGCUUGUAAUCCAGUUAAGGAGAGCUCUCUUACCCCUACCCCCCAAAAAUUAUUAAUCUGUCAACCCAACCACAGUGUAUCUAGCAAGAGCAUUUCUUCUCAUAGAGACCAUGACUAGAAGGGCAAACUGACAGCGGUGGGGAAGCUAUAUCUCCUAGGUAAGGAAGCUAGGAAGAGAUAUGCAGUGGUGGGUGGUGUAUAGUCUUCAAUGCAUCUCUGGAAGAGCUCUCACAGAGGCAACAGCCUAGCUGAAAGCUGCCUAGCCUGUGGCCAAGCUGUGCCUAGAAUGUCUAGAUUACAUUUAUGAUGACUACCAACCCUCUUUCCUCCCCUUCCCCACAAAUUUCCCAUUUGCUUGCCUGUGAAGCCAGUUCCCAGAGCCCUAAUCCAGGGCAGUAUAGGGCAUACAUCCCCAGUAGAUUCCAGUCCUACUGGGCCCUGGUGCAGCUGCCAGAUUUCACCCCAAAUAGGCUGCUGACCAAAAGAGGCUCCACACAAUCCUGCUGCUGGUGCUCUUCAAGGCACCUACAACAGAUCAGCCAGUGGACAUCCUCCCCAUCUCUGACCCUGGUCCUGGCUGUGAAUUGGGGCCAUCUGAACAUUACUGUAAACAUAAGGGGUUACAAGAUGGCACAGGGGCACAAAUAAGGUGGAUGGGGUGGGACCUCACAACCCCCUCCCCCAGAGUCCGGCACAGCCUCGGAGCCAAGGCUCCCCCACCCAGUGGGAGGCGCUGAAAUAUAUCUGAGCAGAGUAGGGUUUGGAGGACCAGGGCAGGUGGGAAAGAGAAGGUGCAAGGCGGGCUCCCUGCCCUGCCUCCCAGGCUAAGGUUCAGAUCUUGGAGUCCUGACUGUGAGUAGAGCCAUUGCUUCCAACUGAGAUGGCAACAGGCACACCAGCCUCGUCACUCUUGGAUUUUUCAGGGUUCAGCAACUGCACCUCCAGCUGUGACUCUGUGGAGGAGCUGAGGGCUGGUGCAUAGUGGCCUGUCCGGUGCUCCACAAGGGCUGGGCCCCACUCAUAGCUUGGCCGGGUAGCAUUUUUCAGACGCUGCAGAAACAGAAGGCAUGGAAGAGGUUACUGGUUUCAAAGCCUUUGUUCACCCAUUGGGAUCCCCGGUAGGCAGGCACAUUGGCCCCAGCACCUCUAGGAAGCAGCAGCCUCCUUCCCUCUUAGCCUGCUCAUGCACAGCCCCACCUGCAGCAGCGAGUCGCCUUCUGAGCGCAAUACACAGAACACAGCAUAGAUGGGGAUGCAAAUGACCGAUGAGAGCGCCAUAAGGAAACCAAUGGUGAUAGCCCAGGUAGGGUACACGUAGGUAUUGUAGGAGAUAGGUCGGUACUGGAUCACUGUGAACACAAGGAUAAACUGGGGAUGGGGAGGGGAAGAGAGAGGAAGCAACACUAACUGAAACAAAGCCCAAAGGGAUCGGGGGUGGUGGAAUCAGGCUGCUGCCCAAAUUCCACACCCUCAUGUCCUUCAUCCAUUUCACUCGGUGGUGCUCAUUCCCAAUAUUUCACCAACUGCUGUUUUGGAAGCCCCUCUUCCCUUUGCAGGUGUGACAUUUCCCUUGACUCUUUUCUUGAAACUUCUUUCCUAUGCUGGUUCCCUGCCGCCGCCGCCACCACCCAACAUUCAAGUGGCUGGUCCCAGUCCCCUCACUCCCAGUUCUGCUUCACACAGCUGCCCUAUUCCAACCCCCUCUCUCUAGCAGUGUUUACUUCACACACUCACAAAGAUGAUAACAGGAGAGAUGAACCUCCAGCAGAUCUGGAAGAAAAUGGGUGGUGGGAAACCCAGCAUCAUCUCAAUGUCCCUGAAGUAGUUCUGGUGCCCUGUGUGGAGCAGAGGCAAAGGAGGGUCAGCAGAGUGGAGUGAACUAGAGACAUUGUAAGUGGACGCCAGAGUCAGUUGAAGGUAUUCAUGGGCCCUGUGGUUAGCAGGGUGUUUAUGGGACUCAACAUUGAAGAUCGCACACUCUCCUGCAUGAUGGGUCCCUCUCCCCACCAUUAUGAUAGAAAGGAAUCAUGAUGUUUCCCUUCCACAGUACCUCCCUGCCUUUGUUGCACAUGGUAGCUUGGCCCCAGAAGUUCCUGUUGCUUCAUUUGAGAGGCCUGGAUGAGACAAUGGAGCUAAAUUCUUGCACAAAGCCACCUCCAGGUU